AUGGUCAAAGGCAUAAAGUUGUCGAGAAUGAAAGCUCAAGCUGAACGUGAUAUACUUAUUGAAUUAGAAAGUGAGGUUAAUGAAGAGCAGAUAACAGAUCUGGAAGACGAUGAGAAUAUGACAAAUAGUGAAGAGUGGGAACAUGUUGACUUGAUAGUUGAUGUAAUAGAAAACGUAGCAUUUAGAAGAUUGGGAUGCAUUGCACAUGUUAUACAGCUAGUUGUAAAACUUGCAUAUGAUGGUAAAUAUCAUGGCUUACUUUUGAAGGUACGUGGAUUAGUGGGAAAAGUUCGCAAAUCUUCUGUUGCAUUGGAAAAAAUUAUCAACAAAUGUGGUAAGACUGUGAUCAGCGACUGUUCUACAAGAUGGAACAGCACUUACUUUAUGGUUCGGAGAUUUCUGGAAAUAAAGACAUCUAUCAACGAAGUGCUUGGAGACCUUAACAUUGAUUCACUUGCCAAUAGCAAAUGGAUAAUGCUUCAGGAUUUUGUCAGUCUUUUAGAACCUUUUGCCAAUGAAACUGAUAUUCUUCAGACGGAUGCACUUUCACUAUCCAGUGUUAUACCUUCAAUACUUAAUUUAGAAUGUCACCCUGCGCAAUUUGGAGAUGCCAAAGAUGUAGCAGUUAAAAUGCUUGAAGAUCUACGCCGUCGUUUUGCCGUUCUUUUGCAGCCAAACGAUCCUAAUUUUAAUCCACUGCCAUGUGCCGCAUGUCUACUUGACCCCACAUGUGCAAUAGCUCUUUUAGGUAAUGAGCAUACACAAAUCAGAGAGUGUGCAAAGAAAUACAUUUUGUCAGAGGCUAAAAAAUCGGUGCAACAUGAUUUACCUUUAGCAAGUGCAUCUACUCUCUCUGUUGAGAUUGCUCCAGAAAUAAAUGGAUUAACAAAAUGGAAAUUUUUAACGGCAAAACAGCGAGUAGAAAAAAUAAAGCUUAUUCCAGAUAAUGAAGCACAAAAUGAACUCAACAAAUAUUUUAUUGAAAUAAGGAACAGCUCUAUGUGCCAAAAUGCUUUAAAUUUCUGGAAGAUGAGACGUGCUGUUUACCCACAUAUUGCACCAUUAGCUGAAGACCUCAUUGCAGCUCCUGCAACUCAAGCAUAUGUUGAAAGACUUUUUUCUAUCUGUGGCUUGCUCACAAAUGGACGGAGAAAUCGAAUGUCAGCGUCAUUGGAAAUGCGAGUUUUCUUAAAACUAAAUUCUCAUCUAGUCUAG